GAAAUUCUGUUGUUUACACAUGUCUCUGUAACACUGAGAAGCAAGAGGAGCCCAGAAAACCCAGAGGGAGCUGACUAACACUGGUUAUGGAAGUACAGCAAUUAUGCAAAGCAGAAAAUCCUACUUCCAUUAAGGUCAAUGGAAAAACACCCUUUUACUUUGAGAGCAGCCCUGUAUCCAGAAGACCUAUGGAUGCUUCAGUAUAAAAUAUAAUGGAAAUUUAACGAAGAGUGAAAUUAGAUUAUGAAUCAAAACAUGAACACAGGCUCUGUUCAGAAAAUAAUGGAAGAGACACAGGUUUUUAGGACCCAGCCAAGACAACCUUAUAAAUCAGCUGAAGUUUGCCAACCAGAUGGCAAUAUAUGUAAUUCAAAUCUUCCAUCUCAACAUUUCUAUCCAUAUUCAUCUAAUUAUACAUGUAUGCAUAUGAAUUACAGCAGCGAUUUGGAAAUUUUUGAAGCAGUAAAAAUUCGGGAACUGGAAGAAAUCAAAGCCAGAGCUGCACAAAUGGAGAAGACCAUGCGCUGGUGGUCAGAUUGUACUGCUAACUGGAGGGAGAAAUGGAGCAAAGUUAGAGCAGAAAGAAAUAAAGCCCGAGAGGAAGCAAGGCAAUUGAGAAUAAAAUUAGACAAUGUUGUAAAAGAAAUGAGUAUGCUUAAAAAGUUAAAUCAAGAUUUAGUAAGUGAGAAGGAAAAUUUAGAAAAUGUAACUACUUGGAAAACAGAAUGCAGUUGCUCAGAAAUAUCGCAUAUAAAACAAGACCUAAACCAGUUAACAUUUCCCGAACAAGAACCUGUGAAAGAACUGAGCAAAACCAGCAAGAUUCCUGUGGCAGAAGACACAAAGAAGGAUGUGGAAAUAAUCAAAGAUUCUUUAAGAAGCAAUCAAAAUAAAAAAAUAACUCUAAAGGAUUCUGAUUCCUUUCCCUGUGGAAUUGCCAGUAUUUAUUUGGAAGAACAAAAAAAAAGUCUGGACAAUAUAGCCCAGACAUCAGAGAAUGAUUUAAUACAUGUUUCUGUCUUGCAUUUGCAUUUGGCUGAGUUAAAGAAAAUCUUACAGAAGGAAAGAGAAAUGAAUGUAUUUCUGGAAAAAGAAGUGGAAAGGACAGCAAAUGAAUUAUCUCUUUGGAAAUGGAAAUAUGAUGAACUAAGACAAUCUAAGCUGGAAAGUCUGAACCAGGUGGAAAGGCUGAAGCUUGAGAAUACCUCUGAAUGGGGAAAGAGAGAGAGACUUGAAGCAGAAAAGCAAAGUUUGGAAGAAGAAAGCAGAACACUGAAGUUGCAGGUGAAAGAAAUUCAGGGACUUCUGGAAAUGAAAAAUAAAGCAACGCCAAUUAAACUGAGCUGUGAUCAUCAAAAUAUACAAAGUAAGCUGCUGGCUAAAAAUAAGGUUAAAGAGACAGAAGAAAAUGAGCUCUGGAUCUGGGACCAAACAAAGUUCUUCGUAUGUUGUUGGAGACUUCACCAAGACAGUGAGUGAAGAUGCAAGAGACUAUCAAACAGACCUUUGGCAACAAGGCUAAUAUUAAAGAAAAGGGACAAAUGACUUAAAGCCUUCAAAAAGACACAUAAAUAAACUAAAAUAAAUAAGCUGAAGAAGUACAUAUAAGACAUAUAUAGAAACAACACAUGCGUUAUUUCUAUGUAUUUCAUAUUUCCACUAAUGACCAAGAAAAAGUGUCACUGUAUACCAACAUAGAACUUUUGGCAGUUCAUUCUUCCUUCCCCAUUAUCUAAAUUGUUAUCUUCUAAAGCAAAAGGUGUAUUUUAAUUAAUCUGACCCAUAGCUUAGCUUUGGGAAAAAAUAAUUUAGAAUGUACUCUCUAAGGAGAGAGGUUCACAUCUGGUCCUGUGAAGACACUGAGUGAAAUGGAAGUCAAUGCUUUUUUUCUUGCUUGUCUCUUGUGGUUGUUGUUGUUUGUUUGUUUGUUUGUUUGUUUCAUACAGCAGUGGGCAAACAACUCAGUUUCUCAGUAGGUUUCCCUAGUUCUAUCAGGGUGGCAUGAAGACUACACCUUUCAUUCAUUUAAAAUAUAUAAAUAUAUUUAAAGAGGAAAGUUCAUUUUAUUUUAAAUACCUGAAUAUUAUCACUUAUACAUUUACAUUUAAAUGUAUCCCAUUUAAAUGUAUCCCUUUUCUUUAUGUUUUUUGUGUUUUCUUUGCAUUUCACAAAAGAAUACAUAGAAAUAAUGCAUCUCAAGUUCAUCUUAAUGUAUAUAUCAUAUUUUUAUUUACAUUUGAAUUUAUUGUCCAUGUAAAAACUACAAGUGUCACAUAGGAAAUAGCAUGAAUAUAUUAAGCACCAGAAAUGUUCAGUCAUCAAGUCAGACACGAGUAUAUACAGGUUCUGUUUCAUAGAGAUUCUGUGAACUUGCUCUAUUUACUCUGCAAUAUGUUUCUCUCAUACAUUAUAUCCAUAUAAUUGAAAAACUUGUAUUUUUGAGAGUUCUAUUUUAUAGUUAAAUCUAACAAUAUUUCUUCUCCCACUAAUACAUUGCAUGCUCCUUCUAAGCCUGCUUCAGCAACUGUGUAAUCUCUUAGUUUGUCAUGGAAUUUACAUAGUACCUUAGAAAAAGAAACAGUUAUUUCUAUAACUGGUAAAUAAGCCAUGAAAGUCUUUAUGAAGACAGUGUGUCUAUAGUUAAAAUUUGCUUAGAUUUAAGUGGAGGUUGGUCAAGUUCAUGAAUGGAAAACACUAAAGAUUAUUAAUUACAUAAGAAUCGCUUUUUUUUUUUUGACCAGGAAUUACCCGAGCUGCUGGAGUUGGAGGCUGCAAUCAUCCAGCAGACCUUAACUGUUCUUAAGACCCUCCCUGAGCACCUGCGUUUGGCCACUGCUGGAGGCAGGAUGCUAAAACAGAAGGAUCUUUGGUUUGACUCCCACUUUAGGUUCUUACUCUUCUUUCAUGUUUGCAAAUGCUGACCUAAUCCCAGCCAUUGUCUCUUAGGUUAUGCUAGGAGUGCAUGAUGAAGAAGUG